AUGUAUUACUCAUUAACUAUUACUAGUAAUCAUGAGCUAAUUGCUACUAAAAAUAGUAUAUCAACAUUUAAAAAUCAUGCUGAAGACUUUUUUGAAUAUACAGCAAGACAAACUCAAAUUAAUAAAAAUGGCUUACUUUGUGAAGUAACCCAAUAUUUAGAUGAAGCAAUAGCUAUGAAAGAAACUAAUAUACUUGAAUGGUGGAAACAUAAUAAUA